ACUUUCUCAAUCAUCAUUAUUCACGAUUAAUUCAGGAUUAUCUGUAUUCAUAGUAGAACCCACAUUUAAUGUAGAGAUGUUUAGAAACAUUAUAUUCUUAUCAUACAAGCGACUACAAAAUGGCAAUACAUUAUUUACCAUUCAUUUCUAUUGGGCACAAAAUAAUCUGAGAGUCACAAACUUAAUAUAGUAAUUUUGUGCAAGGAAUAUGGAACCAAAUACUAAACUUUUGACUACUUUAUUUAUUCACUUUUUUUAGGGGUGUUAAUAUUUUUGAACACUAACUUUUUGAGAGAGAAAAAACAUACUUUUUAAACAAUCUCUUUCUCUGAGCAAAUAUUAGUAUAAAAUAAUAUAAUUUCCCAAGUUUUUUGAGCAUACAAUAUAGAAUGAUUUAUUUUAUACAGUCAUUGCCCACUGGGCACAAACUGGAAAUUGCGUUGAACCGAUGUGGAAUAUAUGUUGAAUUGCUCAUCUUUAUCAAGUUUGUCAAUCAUUUCGGAAUAAUUUUGGGCUUGAAGUGACAAAUCCGAACUGCCCACUUUUGCAAAUCAGUGUGAAUGUGGUGUCUUUUCCUAUUAUAAAUUAUUUUCAGCCUACAUUUCGUUUCAGGGCUGGGUUUUAUUUUAAUGUUACCACCCACCAGCAUGUCAUUGUUUAAGACUUCUAGUAGAUGUUUUUUAAGACCCCUGUUCUAACUGUGUGAUCAGAAAUCAAAGCCUUUGCUUUUUCCACAUUUUUAGGAUAGAAAAUGGUUGAAAACAUAUCUGUGCCUUAAUUUCCCCAAAAUAUAGACUCUUAUCUUUCAUUUGACACCAUUUGAUAUGCUCCUAUGAACUUCACAUUCACAUCCUUUUACAUGGAAAUGACCUUCACCAUUGAUAUGUCCAGCUGAUGCAGCUUCUGGCUACUGUACUUGUGUCAGUGGGUCAGUGUUGCUAUGGUGCUGCACAUGGAGAAUAAGGCCUUUCCCUCACACAGCAUCUCCAGUUUCCCUCUAAUGGAACAGAGAUGGGUAGAUCGAGGGUGAUUGAGAGAUGGAGAGUGGAACAAGUGAAAUGAGAGAGGGGGAGCUUACUUUACCUGUGCGAGGUCUUUGUUCCCUUGUAGAGUGUUUGUGUGGGGUAUUUGUAUCACGGUGUCUCUUGCCCUCUGGCACUCACACAGCAGUGGCUUCAUGACUUCCUUUUGAAUUUGUUUACAUCUGGAUUAGAUUUAUUUAAGCAACUGAAUUUUAUUUCUCCCAGAUGGUUGGUUGGGAUCCCCCCACCAUGCUCUACAGCUCUCUUUUUCCCCACCUGGUUUUAAUGUGGAUCACAUAAGGACUUCUCUGCUUGCUAUGCACCCAAAUGGACACCAGUGUUUCUCUGCUAAGUUCGCAGGACAAGCAGCAAGCUCUUCAUGUCCGCCACAGGAUGGAGACGUCUUGUCUGGAGUUGGCCCUGGAGGGGGAGAGGCAGUGUAAGGUGGGGAAUUACCGUGCCGGGGUAUCCUUCUUUGAGUCGGCAAUCCAGGUUGGCACAGAGGACCUCCAGAUCCUCAGCGCCAUCUACAGCCAGCUGGGCAACGCCUACUUCCACCUGCAGGAGUACAGCAAGGCUCUAGAAUACCACCGCCACGACCUCAACCUCACCAGAACCAUUGGAGAUGAACUUGGAGAAGCAAAAGCCAGUGGUAACCUUGGGAACACUUUGAAGGUUUUGGGAAGGUUUGAGGAAGCAGUGGUCUGUUGCCAAAGACACUAUGACAUUACCAGGGGGAUGUAUGAUAAGGUUGGGCAGGCCCGAGCGCUGUAUAAUUUUGGCAACGUUUACCAUGCUAAGGGGAAAAGCAUCUGCUGGACUGGAGCAGAGCCAGGAGAAAUCCCUGAGGAGGCCAAGGUCGCUCUGAACAAAGCCACAGAGUAUUACGAAUUCAACCUUUCCAUUGUGAAGGACUUGGGGGAUCGGGCAGCACAGGGGCGGACCUAUGGUAACCUAGGUAACACACACUAUUUGCUCGGAAACUUCCAGCGAGCUGUGGUGGCCCAUGGACAGCGUCUCCUCAUCGCUAAGGAGUUUGGGGACAGGGCGGCUGAGAGGAGGGCCUACUAUAACCUAGGCAACGCAUACAUCUUCCUAGACGAGUUUGAAGUGGCGGCUGAACAUUACAAGAAGACUCUGCAGCUGGCCAUGGUGCUGAAGGAUAAGGCUGUGGAGGCUCAGGCCUGUUAUAGCCUGGGGAACACCUACACACUGCAGCAGGACUACCAGAGAGCCAUCGACUACCACCUCAAACACCUUAUCAUCGCACAGGAGCUCAAGGACAGGGUUGGGGAGGGCAGAGCGUGCUGGAGUUUAGGAAAUGCCCACACAGCCUUGGGGAAUCAUCAGAAGGCCAUUCACUUUGCUGAGAAGCAUCUGGAGAUAUCUAAAGAGACUGGAGACAAAAAUGGUGAGGCAACAGCCAGGAUGAAUAUGGCAGACCUGAGGUUAGUGCUGGGUCUGGGUCAGAACCCAAGCUCAAGCCUCAACACCAACAACAGCUCUGUUCUGACUGAGAACCACAGGAAGCAGGAUACCUUACCAGGUGUGAAGUCAGAAGGAAGGAGUAACAGUAUGGAGGACUUGGAGCAUAUAGGACUGGGCCCUGAGAAAACAACUGUAGAAAACUGGGACGAAGAUGUAUUCAGGCCUUCUAACCCUAAAUCCAGCAUGGCCAAGGCCUCCUCCAAACUGUUCUUCAUCAACCGGUUCAGAGGGAAGAAACACAAGAAACACAGCUCUCCUACCAGAGGUGGGGUCCUCCAGGACACCAGCAACAAGCCCACGGCCCGAGAGAUGGACACGCAUAAGUCAGGAGUCAAGAUCGGAUGUUCUGACACUCUGGGUGACGAUGGCUUCUUCGACCUCCUCAGUCGUUUCCAGGGCAGCAGAAUGGACGACCAAAGGUGCUCCUUAUUGGACGGCGAGAGCCGUCUCUCCGAUCCCUUCUCUCCCUGUACUACCCCGCCCGUAGCCAUGAGGAAAUCUACUUCCGCAUGCGAGGCCAACCCGGAGCCUGGGCAUUGCCUGGAUCUGCGGGACAGCUCCCAGGGCAGUCGACUGGACGAGCAGAGAGCCAGCGUGGGCAGCAGCCUCCCCGGUCUACGUCUCAGCACCUCCGAUCAGCCCAUCAGGCUCCACCCCAUGCUCAGUCGCCUGAUGACCAGUGCUGACCAGCCUCAGGAUGACGACGUCUUCUUUGACAUGCUAGUCAAGUGCCAGGGUUCAAGACUGAAUGACCAGCGUUGUGAAGAACCCCCUCCCUCCACUAGAGGUCCUACUGUCCCAGCUGAGGACUUCUUUAGCCUUAUCCUGCGCUCCCAGGCUAACCGGAUGGACGAGCAGCGGGUCCCACCACCACCCCUAAGCUUCGACCCUAACCAGCCCAUCUCGGACUGACCAGCUUUUGUCUACUUCUACCUCUCCUCAGCUUCUCUCAGCCCAGAAACCAGCACACAAAUGCAUUCCUCUACCAAAGCCCUAACUGAAAAUGGAUCUACCCCACCACACUAAAUCAUGGAGUCCUAAUGUACAGACUUAUUAUACUGGCCGAGAUGUUACUUUUGUUUGUUAUGUUGACUGGGCUCCUUUCAGCCUUUCUCAGUGUGUGAAUGACCCAGACAGUGCAAUAAACUGACAAUUUAACUGAU